CGCCUCCCGUCAGUUGCGACGACGCAAGGCACGAGACCGAUGUCCACCGCCAUGCUUACCCUCAAGCCCACCGCGACGGUCUCGCACGGCUCCAAGAGCGCGUUCGCGGCCGGGAACCUCACCGCGAAGUUCCAGAAGAUGGCGAUGACGACGCCGUCCCCCGUCGCGCGCGUGAACACGACCGUCGAGAACAUCCACGGCAAGUCCGGGCGCAAGUGCAUGCUCACGGGCAAGAAGGCGAACAACGGGUACACGGUGUCGUUUUCGCACAUUCGCAACAAGAAGCUCCAGGGCGCCAACCUGCAGUACAAGCGCGUCUACUGGCCGGAGCAGCAGCGGUACAUUCGGCUUCGCAUCUCCACCAACGCGCUGAAGACGAUCAACAAGGUUGGUCUGGAGAAGAUGGCGGAGCGGGCCGGGCUCGACCUGAUGUCCCUGGCGUACACGGACGCGGAUCCGAAGCGGAGGGAGUGGCUCGUCGAAAACGGCGCGGCGCCGGCGAAGAAGAACAAGAGGGCGCCGACGGGGCCGAAGAAGCUGUUCGUGCCCAAGUGGAAGCAAGAGCGGAUGGCGAAGAAGGGGCAGGACGUCGCGGCGGAGACGAAGAAGUUCGCUGAGCGGUGGGGCAUGCAGACGGCGUGAUUUGAUGCGCGCGUCGAGGAGGGAGGGUGGAGAGUUGGCGUCGAGCGACAUAGCCGGAUCCGAAUUGAUUUUUACAUAGAACGCGACCCGCGCAGACGCAACGAAACGA